CUUCUAGUGGCGUACCUGAUCCGCAGUCAGGGUCAGGAAAAAACUGGACCUUGACUCUGUAAGGCGGAGCUUAAACUUUGGCGACUGUGGCGAAAAACAGUUUUCAGCACGAUUUUUCCCCCACUUCACUGCUGGAGUCACAGUUUCUUUCGUAUCCGUGCAGUUAGGAAUAACGGGAGAGCUGCGGCGCCCAGUGCCAAAUUGCAGGCAACCGGCGACAUGGGUCUGAUUAAAUUUAUAAGUGCGAUCAUUACUAGAGCGCUUUUUAUCCUGAUUGCUCUCAUCGGUGUGUGGAGAGUGACGCGGGUGAAGGAACAUAACUUUUACUGGUUGCUAACUUUUCUCUUUUUUCCGCUUGUCCUGGAAAUGAUAAUAACCCUGAGGAGGAGGAAAGGAAAGGAUUACAAAUGGUUUUCCCCACCCAUCUUUCUGUUUCUCAUUAGCAUCAUUCCCUCCAUGUGGCUCCUGGAGCUCCACCACCAGCAGAAUAAGGACAGCGAACCUAAGUGUCAAAAGCUUGAUUCUUUGGAUCUGUACAACCUCAUUCAAAACAAGACCUCCAGAAACCUCACGAUCACGGAUUCCCUGAAGGAUAUUGACGAUUUGUUCUCUGCUGUCUGUGCGAAUGACUGGAUCCUAGCUCUCCAUCAGAUCCUGCUCAUCCUGCUCAUUGUGGGGAAGUGGCUCCUGCCCUUGGGAGGCGGGGUCACAAGAGAUGAGUUGUCUCAACUUCUUCUGAUCUUUGUUGGCACAGCAGCGGACAUCCUGGAAUUUACUAGUGAGACACUAUCAGAUAUCAAAGAUAACAAUGAUGUGCUGGUCUAUGUCAUCUUAGGUGUAUGGACCUGGAGUAUGUUGCAAUUUCCACUCCAUCUAGCAGUGGUGAACUCCACACCUGGCAGAGAGGCUGAUCAAGGUGCACAGGAUUCCCUCUUGACUAAACACAGCACUGACAUAUGGAACAUCAUUCAGGCGCUGUUUAUCCAGGACGGCCCUUUUCUGUGUGUCAGGCUCACUGUGAUGGCCUGCUUCAAAGUCUUCCACCAGAUGCUUGUCUUUUUUGCCAUCAAGAACUUCCUAGUGGUUGCACUGAACUUGUACAGGUUUGUUGUUAUAUGCCAGGACUUCAGAACCUCCAGUGACGAUAAUGCCGAGGGCACCGUCGUCCCAUGACUUUGAUGAAUAAACAACAAGUGUAAACAGGAGUCUGGGAGGAUUUUAUACCAAACUUUUUAAAGAUUUUUAAGUUGAAAAGAAAACUACACCUGGAGCAGGAAAAUAAAGAAUUGAAUGUUCUCUGCUUUCUUCCCACACUUCUACUGUGUGAAAUACAGAAUUCAGAAAACUCGGACAUGCUGAGCAGCUAAGUUCAGAGUCCACAUGUGACUUAACUGCUUAGCAUCCAGUUCAGCCUAUGAAAAGCUCUGUCAACUCAUUCAUGUAGUACUUAUAUCUGGCUAUGAAUACAUGAUCUAAAUGUUAGUUUCAACUAUGCACCGUAUAAACAGGUGUGUUUGUUUGUUUGAAUGAAUGACUUACGUGACCAACAGCAUACCAGGGACACAGCAAAACGAGGAAACAGAGCAGAACAGGAAAAAGGUGUGGAGGUCACAAUAAUAAAUAUCCCCACAUAAGCAAAUAGUGAAAAUCUACAACACUAAGCCUGUCAGCACUCCACAAUGCCUUAAGGUAGCUCUAGUGCCUCUGCUUGUCAGUGGAACAUAAAAUAACUGAAGUCCCAGACUUUUAGGUAAGAUUUUUGUGCCUAAUGGCUGAGAGGACAUGAGGUCACCAAGAACAUGAAGAGAAAAAAAGAUGAGAUGGCUCAGAGGCUAGGAGGUGUUAACAAAAAGCUGGACAGCAUUUUUCCUGUCUUAACGCAGACAGGAAGUUCCAGCUGAUUAAAAUAAUCUCUUAUGCAGCAGCUGACUGUUAAAGAAAACAACUUUAGCAGUGUGAAUAAUUAUUCCACAAGGUGUGGAAUAAUUAUGUGAUUAGAGGAUCACCAGGGGGUCCUUUGUCCCUCUUUGGGGGGAUACUCCCACUGGGUUUAAAUCUGGGACUCUCGGCCAUUUGACCUUAGAACUGAAGAAGCUUCUCGGAUGAGAGGUGAAACGUCUUCAAGCAACUUAAAGAAGUCCAGACACUUUUCUUCGCAAACUCCUUUGACUAUUCCACACCUUGAUUGAUGGUUAAUUGUACCUCUUGGAUGGUGAUGCUUAAAAAGUCAUUCAGCCUCCCCUCCCCCAAAAAACCUUCUUUUUUAACAAGUAUGAGAAAUGUAAAAUAAUCCCUGAAGUGGGUGAAUUAUCUUAUCGUUCGUGCAAUAUUGUUAAAGAGACCAAACACACCGUUAAACUUUACUCAGGUAAUGAGCUCUGUUUGCGUUGUAUUUAAGACCUUUAAACUUCACCUCAGGCUUUAAGAUGCCAGCAAGUUUUGUUUUCAAAUUAUUUGUAUUGGUUUGGUGAUGCUACUUUGACUGCAUUAUUUUCCCAAAUUACUGCAAAAAAAUUGCAUCUUAUCCUGUCAAGGUCUUAUUUUUUCUGUAAUUCUGUUGUUUUUUAAUAAACAUCAUUAAAUGAUG